AGAAGGGUAGAGCAACCUGCUUAAGUCUUAUGAUCAUAAAGCGUGGCAUUCCAGAAUCCUUUAGGGGUGCUGUAUCCGAUGAGGUUACUAAUGCCAAGGAUUUCCUUUCUGAAAUUGAGAAACGUUUUGUUAAAAGCGAUAAGGCGGAAAUAAGCAUGUUGUUAAAAGACUUUACUUCCAAAAGGUAUUCAGGAAAAGGAAAUAUGAGGAAGUAUAUUAUGGAAAUGUCUUAUAUUGUUUCUAGGCUAAAGACACUUAAGAUUGAGAUAUCGGAAGAUGUUCUCGUACACAUAGUCUUGAACUCUCUUCCUAUUGCAUUUGAUCCUUUUAAGGUUAGUUAUAACUGCCAGAAGGAGAAGUGGUCUCUUAACGAGCUCAUUUCAUAUUGCGUGCAAGAGGAAGAGAGGAUGAAACAAAAUAAGACAGAAAGUGCUCACUUGGCUAGCACCUCUAAGGAUAAGGGUAAAAAGAGGAAUAAAACUCCCAUUAAGAAUGAAGCUGCUAAAGGUCCAGUACAGAAGAAACAUAAGGAAGGUGAAACAACUUGUUUCUUCUGUAAGAAGUCUGGACACAUGAAGAAGGAUUGUACCAAGUAUCACGCUUGGAAAGUGAAGAAAGGGUUGUCUGAGCCACCGCAAGCCAAAUGAUGCUGAAAGAUGUGUCUACGUGGGAGAUGGCAAAGCGGUGCAUGUGGAGGCUAUUGGGCAUUUUAGAUUGUUAUUGUCUACUGGUUUCUAUUUGGAUUUAAAAGACACUUUUGUUGUUCCGUCAUUUAGGCGGAAUUUGGUUUCUGUUUCUUAUUUGGACAAAUUGGGUUAUCAUUGUUCAUUUGGAAACUUUCGGUUUCAUUUGUCUUUAAAUUCAAGUAUAGUAGGG